AUGGCUCCUAUCUCAGGCCUUGCCAACGACAACAUGAUGUCUCCUCGGGCUAACAAUAACCACGAGGUUGAUAUGGAGAGAGGAAUCUUUCUCGUGAAGCUUCUGUUCGGCAUUCUCAUCGCUACAAUCGUCGUGUUCUGCAAGCCCAAGCUUAAUCCCACGCUUGAGGACUGUAGGGAGAAGUAUGAGGGCUGGAAGAAGAAGAUGGGGGCCUGGCAUGGCCCCAAAGAACCAAGGGCGCCAGAGCCUGCUCACGUAGCUCACCAUACUUCUCAGGCUCCGGAGGUCAAGCCGAUCGUUCGUGAUUUGACCUCGGAGCAUAUGAGGAUGUCGACGGCGGCCAUGGUUUAG